CAUGGAGUUAAGUGGGGUGUCAUCAGACAAGAGUAUUCCCAAGGAACCGCCCAAAAAGGAGAACCUGGACCCUCGUCAGAACAUCAAUACUCUGUUACAACGUCAGGCGAAAUUCCUGGAAAGUUGUCGGGAGGUCAAGACUGUGUCGUAUCUAAAUGCCCUGUCCCAGCUGUGCCACACCUCCACAGACCUGGGCCACGCCUCCUGGGUUGACUCUUUCCCACGGAUCUGGAAAAUUCUCUCCGACAAACAACAACAGAUGUUAGGAGGAGAGCUGAUACCGUUUAUGUGUAGUGGAAAUCAUGUUAUACAGAAAGACUGCCAUCCAUCUUCUAUACACACAUUCCUGGAGGGACUAUCCCACUGUGUCCCCCCGGUACACAUACGUCCCUGUGUCCUCAAGGUCGAGUUGUCCUGCCCAAAAGAAAUGGCCUGGAAGGUUAACCUGUAUCGCGGAUACAUUGCCAUAUGUCAACCUGAUGACCACCAUCUCAACACUGUCACCAUGAUUGAGAGACUGGUAGAGGUGUCCAGUAACCUGGCUAUCAAGGAAUGGCGGCGUUUGCCCAGCAUUGUUUCUCAUAUCCAUGUUCCCCUGUUACAGGCCGCUCAACAAAUCAUGGAGUUACAGGAGGCUGCCCAGAUAAACCAGGGACUCCAGCCGGCCAACAUCACCCGCAGCUCCAGUCUCCACGACAUGAAGGCCAUUGUCAAAACAUGGAGAAAUCGUCUGCCGAUGAUCUCCGAUGACCUGUCCCACUGGAGUGACAUAUUUACCUGGAGACAGCAUCACUACCAGUUCAUAGUUGAUCACUAUGACAACCACUCACAGCAGGAUCCUGUAAGUGUUUGAUUUAGAUGGUAUAAUGACUCAUAGACAAGAGUGUGGCUGAUAAAGAUUGUAUAUCAUUGCGACAAAUAGGGGAUCUUACAGGAAUGUUCCCGUUAUAAUGAAUUUAUUUAAUGUGAUCAUUAAGGUUGUUUAUCGGAAGGCUUUAUGCAUGUGGUCAUAUCGAAUUAUUGAGUUUUAACAAAUUCAUUACAGUAACUUUGUUUACAUUUCUUGUGUUUAAGCUUGAAAUAUGAUAAUGAAUAGAUAUCUUCAUCUGGAAUAUUUUUAUGACUGAAUAUUUUACCGUUUCCACAGCCUGGGGUAUUCUUCUAUAAGGUCUAGUCUGUUUCAUAAAACUUCAGAUUAACUAAUCUUAAUAACGGCGCCCCACUGUCAAUUACCAACGACCUGCGCCCUUAUUAGGUCAAAUACGGUAUAUAAUAUAUAUAAUCAGCUCUAGCUUUUAUCCCAUUACUCUUCACUGAGACAGGUUUACGAUUAUAUUAGUUAUGUGUAUUGAUUUCAACUUCGUGAAUUGCGGGUAAUGCCACU